AAAGUUUGCUUGGUUUUAUGCUGGUGCAUAUCUGAGUAUCAGAUGGUGCCACAGGUCAGACUCCAGCAGCUCUAUCAGGAAACAGCAGACAGAGGAAACCUGCAACACAGACGCUGAUACUGCAAUGCUUUGAAAAAACAGAUGUUUGAGUAAUGAGUAAUGCUCUUCAGGGGAUCAGUCUGAUCGUCAUACACACACCCUCAACCUCUUCUGCUGCCGUGCUGCUUCUAACUCUUCUCCUCUGCAGAGAGGUGAAGCAUGUCUGUUUAUACGAGUGGAGUUUUUACCCUUCGAUUCUCAGCCUUCAUUAAUGUUGUCCUGCCUCUAACUCAUCUCAUCUGCAGAGGUUAUUCUCAGGAAGCUCCAACAAAGCAAAUAGUGGCUCUGCUGGGUGAUGAUGUUGUUUUACCCUGUUCUCUGGAACGUCCUGUGGAUGUAUCACAGCUGCAGCUGGAGUGGGCGAGAACAGACCUGACACCAGGAUUUAUCUAUGUGUGGGACAAAAAUAAAGAAAAUGUGGACGACAAGCAGCCGUCGUACGUGGGAAGAACCUCACUGUCCUUUGAUAAACUGAACCAUGGAGACGUCUCACUGACUCUCUCCAAAGUACAGCUGUCUGAUAAAGGACUGUACAGAUGUUUCAUUCCUGAACCUCCACAGGAGUCAUUUGUUGACCUUGUUGUAGGAUCAUUUGUAGUGGAUGUGACACAGAGCUCCUAUCAGGCAGAGGAGAACCACAACAUCACACUGGAGUGGACGUUCACCACCAAACCAGACACGCCCAUCUCAGCACUGAGGAUCCUCUGUAGCCUGAAUACUGAUCGAAACCCCUCAACUCUGUAUCAUCUUCAUGAUGGUGUCAAGUUCUCAGAGGAUGAAGAGUUUUCAGGACGAGUCCAGAGUGACAAAGACGCCCUCAGAGAAGGACGAAUCAGACUCCAGCUGUCCAGACUCAGGACUGAGGACUCGGGUCUGUACCUGUGUGAGGUGGACACAGGUUAUGGCCGCGGCUACAACAGCUGCAGAGUCACCGUCUCUGGAUCAUUUGUAGUGGAUGUGACACAGAGGUCCUAUCAGGCAGAGGAGAACCACAACAUCACACUGGAGUGGACGUUCACCACCAAACCAGACACGCCCAUCUCAGCACUGAAGAUCCUCUGUAGCCUGAAUAAUGGCCAUAAAGACUCAGUCCUUUAUUUUCUUCAUGAUGGUGUCGAGUUCUCAGAGGAUGAAGAGUUUUCAGGACGAGUCCAGAGUGACAAAGACGCCCUCAGAGAAGGACGAAUCAGACUCCAGCUGUCCAGACUCAGGACUGAGGACUCGGGUCUGUACCUGUGUGAGGUGGACACAGGUUAUGGCCGCGGCUACAACAGCUGCAGAGUCACCGUCUCUGAAUCAAAGCCUGAGAAGACAGAAACAACUCAGCAACCUGGAAGUCUCCAACCACCAGCUCUGAAUGAAGAGACCAAAGGAAUUUCUUUGUCAGGCCGGCUAAUUAUCUUUCGGGCUGUAUUCAUCUGUGCCUCUCUGAGCGCAUGGGGAUAUAUGUGUUAUCACAAUUCUAAAGGACACAGGACGACUUCAUCCCGCAGAGCCAGGGAGUUAUUGAUGAAGACUUUUUCAGAAGUUGGACCUUAGAACCAACAGAGGGAGAAAAACAACAACACACACGAGAG